GUCACCUCGCCGCUCUGCGUUCCACUAGUGCACAGCUCCGAUGCCUAAUCCGGCAGGAUACAAAGGACUACUUACACGAGGUUGCGGUGAAGGCCACUACAGACUCCACGCGCGACACUGUCCAGCGUCUUCGAGUUCUCACGGGUGGACCCAAACGCAAGCAGAAAGGCACCACCCCGCUGCCUGCUAUUGAGACCGAGCAGGGAAUCCUGGCUACCACGCAUCAGGAGGCCAAACAAAAGUGGAUAUCCCACUUCUCCGCCAUAGAGGACGGGCAGGUUAAGGAUCCAGUUGAGUUCGUCCACGACUGCUACCGCAGACAGCAGGCCAAGGAUCUGUCGGAUUACACGGUCGCCCCGGCAGACAUCCCUAGCCUAGGCGAGCUUGAGGCUGCACUAAGGGCAUCUAGCACGGACCGAGCCUACGGGCUCGACGGGAUCCCGGGUGAGGUCCUCCACUAUGGGGCCCCCUAUCUUGCGAAAGCUGUUUAUCAGCUGCUCCUUAAGUCUGCCUUCCGCUUGUGUGAGCCCGUCCAACACAAGGGCGGAACCCUUUACUUCAUAUGGAAACACAAGGGGCCAAAACAAUGCUGUAGCUCCUACAGGGGCAUACUGGUGUCUUCAGUGCUUGGGAAGUCCUUGCACAAGACGCUCCGCAACCGCUGCACAACACCUCUUGCCAACAGCACCGUUCCCCUGCAAGUCGGUGGGCUCCCCCAAUACCCAGUCACGAUCCCGGCGCACGCAGCUCGCCUGUUUCAGUCUGGCUGUCAGGCCAGAAAGUGCUCUCAUGCGCUCCUUUUCCUCGACCUACAGGAGGCAUUCUACCGCAUCAUACGACCGCUUGUCACCGGCGAUCACCCCACCGACACUGAGGUCGCACGCAUUUGCGCAGCAGUUCAGCUCCCUAGCAAUACUGUGCACGAACUGCGCGACUUCAUCGGCGGGCCUUCCCUGCUUCGCGAGGCCGGAUCGAGUGAGUGGGCGGAGGGAGCCAUCUCCGAGUCCCUCCACGACACGUGGUUCCGGCUCCCGGAUGAGCCGGAAGUCAUUGUUACCCGUACCGGGUCCCGCCCCGGGGACUCACUCUCGGACCUUGUUUUCUCCUUUCUUUUUGCCAAGGUGCUGCAACAGGUUCGACAGGCCCUAAUACAAGCUGAGCUCCUCGCGUACAUACCCUGGAACCAGAGCAUGCAAUGUAGCAUCCAGGUUGAGAGCACACACCCAGAGCGAACAAUCGGGUUGUCCGACGCAACCUGGAUGGAUGAUCUUUCGAUGUUCCUCAUGAGCCCUGACGCUCCCUCGCUCAUUGCUGCUCUCAACUUUGGAGCAUCCUCGCUCAUUGAUGCCUGCCUCCAGAGGGCACUUGUGCCGAACCUUUCCAGAGGGAAGACGGAAGCCAUUGUCCAACUUCACUCCAAGGGGGCCAAGGCGACGCGCAGGCGUAUCUUUGGCGAUGAGGAGGGUACCAUUCCUCUGUCGUGCCGCCUGUGGAAAGAGGCCAAGCUGCGGAUAGUACCAGUCUAUCGUCACUUAGGCGGGUUCCUGCAGCACAACGGAGGCCUACGACAUGAAAUCGCAUAUAGGUGCUCACAAGCAUGGGAGGCCUUUAACAGGCGCAGGCGCAAGGUCUUCCAGUCACCCCUUGUGUCGGCCACCGACAAAGCCGCUCUGUUUGACAGUUUGAUCUCCACUGUCAUGUUCCACGGGUCUGGUACCUGGACGCGGGUCGCACAAGCACACAUCGAUACCCUCGAUGCAGUUCUUCGACAGAUGGCCUGCCAAAUGCUGACCCCUAAAUACUCCUGUGAGGAAGCAUGGCACCUCGGCUUGUCGCAUGCGAUCGCUCUUGCGGGCAUUCCGCGAGCUGCCACGUACCUCCACGCCUUUCGACUGCGAUACCUGCUCUCUUGCAUUCGCCUUGAUGUGCCGGAAAUUUGGGCUCUUGCCCACUGGGAACAGGACUGGCUGAGACUAGUCCGGACCUCUGUCGAAUGGCUGUGGGAGCACACUAGGAUGGUCGAUGACAAGAGAUCAUGGACCCUCCUAUGGGACGCAUGGGUGCUGGAGUGCCGCUCGUCCCCUCGAAAGUGGAAAUCCAGAGUCCGCCGAGCCAUCGCUCACGCCCUGUUUGUCGAACGAGGGCAGGUCCCGAUUGCCCACGGCGCGGCCAGCAACGGUGUUGAGUUCUGUGCGCCCUGCCAGAUCAUCUUCCAGGUAUUGGAUUGUUUGUUCCACCUUGAUUUUGAUGGUCAGGCCUCCACAGUUGGCGAUGCUGAGUUCUGGGAGCGCCUUCGACUCUCCUUCUCGUCUGUCUGCCUCCCCAGAGCCAGAAUUCGGCUUACUCUUACGGCCUGGGAGGAUGGAAUUCGACAGGGUAACUACACCUAUACCAACGCUGUUCGCGAUCGAAUCGACUCAGCUGUUGAAUGGUUACGUUCUGCCGACCUUGUCGAUUGGCUGAUUUGGGAGCCGAGGGCACAGAAGACCAAAGGGGAUGUUUUCCGCCAGAGUUCUGCGUCGCUUUCCUCUCUUGUCCUGCACACUGUCCAUCUCCCCGCGCCGGCUCAGUGGACUCAAGACCAUGCGCUGAUAGUAGUCGGCGAUGCUGCUGACUCCCCAGCCGCUCAAGGCCUCCUCAAGUCUUCAUUGAACUUCCCACACAGUGAGUCUCUGCUGAGACUUGAACAGGGUCUGGACUUGGACUUUCUGACGACACAGGAUGCAGAAUGUGGGUUCUGCCUUAGCACUAUUGGGCUACGUCAGGCUUCGGACAUUGCACGGUGUCCGGCAUCUAGCAGAGUCCGAGACUCCUUGUCCUUGCGCCUAGCGUUGGAGAUCGCGCUCGCAGACAUCCGGACUGCUGAGCGUGGUGGGUGCGUCACCCUGUUCGACGAAGAGCCAGCAAAGCCAGCGGAGACGCUUUCCAAGGAGAACAAGCCAGUCGACCAAGAGCCAGCAAAGCCAGCAGAGACACUCCCCAAGGAGAACAAGCCAGUCAACGAAGAGCCAGCAAAGCCAGCAGAGACGCCCCCCAAGGAGAACAAGCCAGUCAAGGAAGAGCCACAGAAAGAAACCAAGGUCACACCCAGCAAGGUGACUUCGACAAAGCGCAUCGAGCCAAGCAGCCCAAAGUCAGUCAAGGAAGAGCCUGUCACGGGAAGAUCCGCAGAAGCAGCACACACCACGCCGGCGCAGGUCUUCUUGAGUGCGAAAGAGGACUGGAUGAAGAGCAGUAUCAUGAUGAAUAUUUCUUCUAAGAAGCGUGGGAAACGCACCGGACUCUACGUUUGGAAGAAAUAUGCGGAGCUGAUGAAAGAGCACGGCGAGGCUGUUGCAGCUGACCUGGCCACUUCGAAGAAAAAGGCUGAUCCGUCGGGCUCUGGAAAGUGGUGGAAGAAGCACCCAGACAGGCCUGAAGCCCAGGACUGGGAGCUCUUCAAGGUCUUUGACGGCAAGACAGAAGUCAGCGAAUCCGAGGAUGAAGUGGCUUUCGAGCUGUCCGGCGGUGCGGAGCUGGAUGAGGGGAUGACCCACGGGGCAAUGCGACUUGCCCAUGAAGACACCCUGUCGCAGAUCCUGGGUGGGACAGGGUCCAGUGGAUCCACUGAGAAUCCUCGUGAGAAGGAUGACAUUCCGAAGCCGAAGACCCCCAAGACUGUCAAGCAGGCAGCAGAGGCCUUGUUCAAGAAGGUGACCUUGAAGCUGUCAGAGGCAGAAAGCAUCGAGACGAUGUUGAAGAAGGGCGGCAUGUGCCUUGGAUGCAAGCUCGCAUUGAACCUCGAGCCCCAAAAUAUAAUUAAACUGCAUCCUCAUGAGCCCAAGCUUCUUUUCACCAUAAAUGCUAAAACCUUAAACCCUAAUCCUCGAACAAACCCUAAUCAUGGUCCGAAUUCAUCUGAAGCUCAACCCCUAAACCCUAACGGUUUAUGGUUUAGGGUCCAGGUUUGGGAAUAG